AACUUUCUGAAGGCGAUACCUCACCCAACCUACACCUAUCCGCGGCCUCCGUCGUUGUUUCUUUAUUCUCGCGCCUUCCCGCUGAUGCCUGGAAUGCGGCCGAUUUCAAAGUCGUGUUUCAUCUCAGCUCCGAAUUUCUUUCUUACCCCCUCCUGGAGUUCCCGGCUCGAGAUGGUUUCAGCGCCCUUGAGCUAGCUGCCGCUUUCUUUAAUUCGCCGUAAGCAACAUCGUCGUCGAGGAAUUCGAUCCGGAGGAAGGGUUCGUUCUCCCUGUUCGGCCUGCGGGAAUGGCAUUGCUGGGCGUCGUCGUCAGGGCGUUGAUCGUCGCCGCCGCCGCGGCCGUCGCCUCGGGCAGCGGGCUUCCGGUGCCGGGAUACGACGGGCUCGCCGUAGGGUUCUACCGCAAGACGUGCCCCCAGGCGGAGGAGCUGGUGCUUGCCGAGAUGCGGGAGAUCGUCGCGGAGGACAGGACUCUCGGGCCGGCGCUGCUGCGGUUCAUGCUCCACGACUGCUUCGUCAGGGGGUGUGACGCGUCCAUUAUGCUCAUCUCGCGGAACCAGACAGGGGAAAGGGACGCCGUGCCGAGCUACAGCCUCCGCGGCUACGAGCAGAUCGAGAGGAUCAAGUCGAGGCUUGAGGAGGCAUGCCCGAUGACCGUGUCGUGUGCGGACAUCAUCGUCAUGGCCGCGCGGGACGCCGUGUACCUGAGCAAGGGGCCGCGGUACCCGGUGGAGACCGGACGCCGGGACGGCAAGGUCUCCUGUGACAUGGACGCCAACAAUGAUCUUCCGCCGCCCGGCUCCAACAUUGUCGAUCUCAAGAUAUACUUCAGCGUCAAGAACCUCGGCUGGAAGGACCUCGUCGUUCUAUCAGGGAGCCACACGAUAGGGAGGGCGCAGUGCGGCUCGUUCGCCGGCGACAGGCUGUACAACUACAGCGGGCAAGGGAAGCAGGACCCGUCGCUGAACGCGACGUACGCGCCGGAGCUGAGGAAGGCGUGCGUGGCCGGCGACCCCAAGGACGAGACGUUCGUGGAGAUGGACCCCGGGAGCCCGUACACGUUCGACCUGAGCUACUACCGGGAGGUGUACAGCAACAAGGGCCUCUUCGUCUCCGACCAGGCCCUCCUCGCCGACAAGUGGACCAGGGACUACGUGGCGAGGAUGGCGUCCGCGUACUCGACGGACGAGUACUUCAGGGACUACGCCGAGGCCAUGACCAACAUGGGAAGGCUCGAGGUGCUCACCGGCGACAACGGCGAGAUCAGGAAGGUUUGCAGCGCGUACGUUGACUAAGCAAGAUAGUAGACACAGCCAGCGGUUGGUUGGCGCGGAGUUGGCCCAAGCGAUUCGUGCAAUCGUCAUGUGACCGUGGCAACGUGGGAGCCAGCCAGCCAACCGCGAUCGAUGCAGCUGCACUAUUAUUCUAUCGGUCGGAGGUGGUUGGGGCGUUGACGAUGCCACGCGUUGAAAUUUUCUCACAGUUGUAAAAGAAAAAAAAACCUAUAUGUAUAUAUCAAUAUACGAUUAGCAUAGAUUUUCUCUGUCCCCCCCCCCCCCCCUCACACUGUUCUUCACGGUUAGGCAAAAUGUAAAGAUACUCCUAUGACAUACUUUCAUCAGUUUUACAACCAAUCAUGAGCAUGC